AUGAACCCAUCGUUCAACUCGGUAAGGAUCGAGCCAAGGUGUGUUCGUCAUUCCCCCCCCCACCACCACCCUCUAGAACAUAAAAACCCCGCUCAUCAUCAACACUUUCUCACCUAACCGCCCCCCCCCCCCCCCCCCGGCCCCUUGAUAACGAAAAAAAAAAAAAAGGCCCAAAAGAAAGCUCUGUCGAUGAACAAGGGUCCUAAAGAAUCGGGCACGACUUUGAAGAAACGUCAAGAGGAGGACGCGGAGAAGAUGAGGGAGAAGAAUCGGUUGGCGGUGGAGAAAAGACAGAAGGAGGAGGAGGAGAAGGCGAGGCUCGCGAGGGAGGGUAAGUAG